AGGCCGGUAGUAGUAGAGAGGGGGAGAAGGAGAACAUGAAUAAAAAGGUUUAGACUUUAUAGUUAGUAUAUAAAAAUAGAGUUGGAGUAUGGUGUAUGGUUCUUUUGGGUAUUGAGUGUUUGAGAGAAGGCAUGUCUCUUAAUCUGCUGUUUCUCAUCAUUGGUUUCUGUUCCUUUUCCAUGAAUGUUUAGAGGUUUUUCAAAGCUGGGGUUGCUGGGUUUUGCUCUUGGUUCAGUUUCAGCCACCAUGGAGUCGUUGAAAAUCUCAAAUGCUGAUAUGGGUCUCCGAGUUUCUCAGGAUUUGAGGUACCAUUUUGAAAAAGUAUGUCUUUUCAUUUCUGUUAUUGAUGUUGAUUACAUUGUUCAUAGCCUUCUGCCAUGAGUUCUCGGUGAAAGUUUAGGAAUCCGAUGAUUGUUUUCUUGUAGGUGUUUAAUUAGUUAAUUCUUCAAUUCUUUGAUUCAUUUCGGGGUUGGGGAUUUUUUUUU